AUGGCGACGAGAGGUGUGAAGGGGAAAGACGAUCGGCAACGAAGGAAAAGGGGAUACGGGAGCAACGAAAUCAGAUGGCGAGAAGGAAGGUCGCAGGCGCGCGGCUACUACUCCGGACGUCAUGGCCGAUCACGAAGAGGGAGACGGCUCCGGUGCUUGGCCGAACCGAAGGAGGAUAAGAGACGAAAGCAGCGAGGCACUCUCUUUCUCGUCCGGAGAUUGCAGACUCAUCGCAUCCGAGUGGCAUGCUCCGGUGGUGGUCUAGACCGAAGAAAAGGAACGGUCCAUGGGUGUCGCGAGCAGCAGCAGCGACGAGGUUAUACCUUCGGGGUCUGGGGUUGUCGAGGACAGAAGAGGAAUAAGGCGAGGGCAAAGUGUUGUUUGGUCGGCAAUCGCAAUGUUUCGCCCUCAUUGACAGUUCUGAUCAACAAUAGAAAAUCGAUAGGCUUAAGUGGAUUACAUAUCUCCACGAUUUUCAUCCAACAACUGUUGUGUGAAAAAUUCUGGUUUGUCGUUGUCGUUAGUUCUUUGAAUUACGAAUCAAGAUUAGAUAUCUCGACGGUUUCCAUCCAACAAUCGACAGCCUAUCAACAAAUACCGUCAAUUACCACCACCAACAUCAACAGACUGUCUGAGAAAUUUCGGAUUUUGGUUCCAUUCACGAAUCAAGAUUCGAUUUCUCCACGAUUUCCAUCCACAAAGCAAUAAUCGAUUUAUGUCAACAACUACCGUCAAUUCCGCCACCAACCAUCAACAACCUGUGUGAGAAAUUUCGGUAUAUGCUUCGUUCUUUCAAUUUCCUUGGAUUUUGGUUUACUUGCACCUUUCUAAUCAUUCUGUCUUUUUGAGCGACAUCUACGACUUUUUGGGUGUGACUAUCAACAACCCGUCCAAGAAUCAAGAUUAAGUUUCUAUCACCAACAACAUCUUCCAUCAAUUACCGCCACCAUAAGCCUGUUCUACGUUAUUGUUUACAAAGUAAAGCCUUCUUCACAUGCCUCCAAAACGGCGACAUAUGGCUUCUACUUCCAAUACAAUAGUCCCCCGUCAAAUACGUCAUUCACGCAGGAGUUCACUUUUAGUGGAGAUACCAGCGUUGCCUUUUUAUUAUGACUGUGGAAAUUGUACCUGUGUAUGUGAGUAUUGUGGAGCUUAUUUUUGGUAUCAAGAAAGAGUAUUGUAUUUAUCCAGAGCCAAUCAUCCACAAUAUACAAAAUGUUGUAAGUCGGGUAAUGUAGUUCUUCCUUACCCUCUUCAUCCACCUGAUGUGCUUAUGUAAUUCUACGGAGAUGAUCAC